GGGCAGAGACUUGUUUGAAAUAGCAGCGUUGAAGUUUCGAUCUGUACCUUUCUACCGUCCGAUCAUAGUUUGUAGAGUGUCCGUUACUGCCAGCGGACUCCAAGAGGAACGCAAAGUUCUCAAACAGCCCGUGACACAAUUCUUUUUUCUUUUUUUUUAAAUUAUCAAUUAUUUAUGUUUAAAGUAGCAGAGUACCUGCAUUUUCCGAGAAAAUGCCAUAAUUUUCUCAUCGCCCGAGAAAAGAACCACCAAAACAACACAUUGGUAUUUUUUUUUUUGCUUUGUAAUAAUUUUUGAUUAAUUUUCCUUCUUCAGUUCAAUGGAUCAUGGAUAUCAUAUGCUGUGCGUGCUUUAGAUCUUCAUACACGGGAGCACCAACAUCGGAUUCUCUCUAGCUUUCAGUGGGAACAUCUCUUCUCUUUCUCAUUAGAUCAUUCAGAUGUGAUUUCGCAUUCAAAGGCCUGAAACCUUCACAUUCUAUUUCUAUAUAUGCACGCACGUAUAUAUGUAUAUCUUGCUUCCCCUCUCUGUAGGUUUCGUGUGGAGAUUGUGAUUAUGAGAAUCAGAUUUAGCUUUGCAAUUAGAAUCUGAUCAUUAGGGUUUCAUGCGCCCCAUUUGUAGGCAUCAUCUAUGGCCAUAUUUGGCAGAGAUCUGUCGUUUCGCCAAUGUCGCUGCUCCUGAAUCCCUUUGUAUCCGUAUACACUCCAGACCCUGAAAUGGACAUGCUGUUCCCCCAAAAUUAGGGUUUCUGAUUUAAUCCUCAAGUUCUUGUCAAAACCCCUCCUUAUGGUUUUCUUUUAACACUCCAUAACUCUUUUUUUUUUUCCUUUUAAUUCUAGUUUUUGUUUGUUUCGGUGAUAGUCUACAAAUUUGACAAUGCUUAAGCAAAUCUUGAGUAGACUUCCCCGGAAAUCCUUGAAGAACGACUCUUCGGAGUCGGUACGGCAAGACUCAGCGUCGCCAAACUCCAGCUCCCGAUCCAGUGGUGGCCCUGGCCCAGUGACUUCGGGCACCAGAUCCAAUGGCCCUAAACGCACCUCCUCUGCCGUGUUCCCCGCGAGUGUGGUGGCAGGGAUAGAGCCCCUUGUGCCCUUCAAGGACGUGCCUAGCGCUGAGAGAAUGAACCUCUUUGUAAGUAAAGUGAGUCUGUGUUGUGUGACAUUCGAUUUCACUGAACCAACCAAUAACUCUAUGGAGAAAGACUUUAAAAAGCACACCUUGCUUGAACUUGUGGACUUUGUGUCUUCUGGGUCAAUGAGGUUCAGUGAGCCUGCGAUUUUGGCGAUGUGUAGGAUGUGUGCUGUUAAUCUUUUUAGGGUUUUCCCACCAAAUUACCUGUUCCAUUUGGGUGGAAAUGGCGGUGAAGAUGAUGAAGAGCCAGUGUUUGAUCCUGCUUGGCCACACUUACAAAUUGUGUACGAAUUGCUGCUUAAAUUUAUCACUUCUUCAUGUUUAGAUGCAAAGGUGGCAAAAAAGUAUAUAGACCAUUCCUUUAUGUUGAGGUUGCUUGACUUGUUAGAUUCAGAGGAUCCUAGGGAAAGGGACUGUUUGAAGACUAUUUUGCACAGGGCUUAUGGAAAAUUUAUGGUGCAUAGGCCAUUUAUUCGAAAAUCUAUAAGCAAUGUAUUUUAUAGGUUUGUGUUUGAGACGGAGAGACAUAAUGGAAUUGCAGAGUUAUUGGAGAUCUAUGGGAGUAUAAUAAGUGGGUUUGCUGUUCCUUUGAAGGAAGAGCAUAAAAUUUUCUUGUGGAGGGUUUUGAUACCCCUGCACAAGCCAAAGUCACUUGGCGUUUAUUUCCAACAGCUGUCAUAUUGUGUUACACAGUUCAUAGAAAAGGAGCCGAAGCUAGCGAGUACAGUGAUAAAAGGGUUGUUGAAAUUCUGGCCAAUAACAAAUAGCCAGAAGGAGGUGAUGUUUCUAGCUGAGAUUGAAGAGAUUUUGGAAUCCAUUAACAUGGUUGAAUUUCAAAAGAUUAUGGCCCCAUUGUUUUGGCGGCUUGGAUGCUGUAUUAAUAGUUACCAUUUCCAGGUGGCUGAAAGGACCCUUUUCUUGUGGAACAAUGAUCAAAUUGUGAACCUGAUUGCGCACAACCGGCAGGUGAUCAUGCCCAUCAUAAUUCCAGCCUUAGAAAAGAAUGCGUAUGGCCAUUGGAACCAAGCAGUGCUCAAUUUAACUCACAAUGUCAGAAAGAUGUUUGCGGAUAUGGAUGAGUUGUUGUUCAUGUCCUGUCAUGCUCGAUUCAAGGAGGAAGAAGCAAAUCAAAGCAUGGUAGCUGAGAAGCGGAAGCAAGCGUGGGUGCUGCUUGAGAAUGUAGCCAGUCUCCAGCCAGUAACAGGGAAAACUGCCGUCUUAGUAACUCCUUUAGCAACGACGAUUGCCUGUUAAUUGCAAUUCUUGAACUGCUGUUAUCCUGACCUUACUAUCUUUUGGGGGCCGGGGCUGGGGGAGCAUAGAAGUUGACGCAAAUGGUUUGGGGAUCAUGGGUAUUUUUUGUGGGUGGUCCUCCGAGAGCCAGUUGUUGUAACUUAUGCUGUUAUGAUCUUUAGCAUCUAGUACUACUGUAUGGAUUGUUCAGUGCUUCCUGCAUAAUGUUGUUGGCAGGGGCCAUGGAGUGGAUUGUACAAUUCUCUGUAUGAGCUAAUUGAUAAUUACCUCUUUUUAUGUAUUGUAUUCUUAAUUCUAAGAGAAGCUGAGCAGUGAAUUUUUCAUGGCCUUGAUGGCUGUCCUA